AUGAAUUUGAAAAUGCUUUGGAAACUGCCAACACAAACGUCAGUAUCACAGUUUACAGUAUGCAUACUUCAGGAUGGGAGUUAAGCAUCUGGAUAUAGUAAGGAGUCAGUUCUUGCAGUACUCAAUAACCAAGAUUACACAGAGACACGUGUACUUGGAGCGCCUGGGACGGUACCAAACCCCUGAUAAGAAAGGGCAGACACAGAUCUCCAACCCAUUACUGAAGGACAUCCUCAGAGUUUCAGAGGCUGAGUUUUUGGCCAGGACAGCCUGUUCUUCUGUUGAGGAGUCUGAGGUUUUUAAGAAGCUCCUGGCUCAGGAGGAAGAUGAGGAGUCUGACAACGGCAUGUCAGACGACGAAGGGGAGAGUCUGGGUGAGGCUGAGGAGGAUGAGGAGGGGCAGCGGCUAUGAAGGAAGGACAGGGCAGAAGGCCCCAGAGACAAGGGAUGUGUCCCUUCUCUCAAAGCUCUUGGGACUUCCACUUGGAUCUUUUAAAGUUAUGUUUCAUUCUAAAACCGAUCUUUUAA